UUACCGACAACCGUAGUCAUAAAUAGAUUUAUUUAUGCGUUUUCUGAUCUUAAUUUUCCCCGAAUAUUCUGAAGUGAUGAAGUGAACUAUAUUCCUGUAGUAAUAUCCCUCCGCCGAGACUGUUCUGUACUUCGGUGAGAUGAACACAACAUUGCACGUCAAUUUCUGCAUGAGCUCGGAGCAGGAAAUUGGGUUUUAUCGUCGGAAUCAUUAUCCGACCGCAACCACACGGCUGUUGUCGAUUUCUACAAUCUCGUCAGAUGAAUUGAAAGAUUGAUGGACGGGAACAUUGUGUUACCCAAUCCUCCCCCACGGCCCGUGUCUCAAGAUGGCAAGCCUCAGUACUUUGCUUGGCCAAACAGACAAGGUGGCCAAGAGGCAAAAUACAGUUCAGUUCCCAGCCAGACCAUGGCUGGAUUUCCCCCGUCUGCAGAGUCAGAAGGCAUCCCCACUUCAGAACACAGCACAAUGUGGCACCUGGAUCCAGCCAAGGAAGAAAGAAAUGAUGAGGACUUGAAUGAAUACAGUGAGGACCAGAGGAGUGACAUGCAGGGUUCUCCAGCAGGCAUGCGAUACCCACCACCGUCGUCAGACCAAAUGCUGAGUGCCAUCAACUGUAGCACUGAUGACCUACACGAUACUGAAGGCUCACUCAUCGAAGAUGCUGCCUCUAUCUCUAAUGGGAACCGCCUGGAGGAUGGUAUCCUUGGUGAUGGCAUCUCCAUGGGGACGGCACAGAAUUACUCCCUGUUUGAAGACCAUGGAGGGGUGGUGGUGGAUCCUGAGGCACCUCCUUACAUAUCUGAAGCUCAGUUGUCCCCUCACAACAUGGAGGAGCAUAGCCCAUUUGUUUCCAUGGCAACCAUGGGUGGUGCUGACAUGGGCAUGAAGAAAGAGCCACCUGAAAGGCCCAGGUCUGCAACACCACAGGCUCGUAAAGCUAAGGACAGGCAGCAUAAGCUGAUAAAGCUUUAA